GUAUCACGAGCGCCGCUCUCAUCGCAGGCGGUUUGCGACUCCUUUCACAUUUUUUCUUUUUUCUUUACUGUUGUCUUGUUUGGUGGAUGUUGUCAUCGCAGCGGACGCAGCUCACUGCUUCUUCUUUUCUACAUCGCCCUCUCCUACCUGCGCGCAUUACUUCAAGUACUUUUUCUUGUUCUCCCAUGACAAGCAGGAAAGAUAGGUGGGUGAAGAUGAAGCAAAGUAAUUCCCUUCUAGUCCUUUUUUUCUUUCUUUCUUUCUUCUUUUCAACUGACGCUAUCAACCUUGCUGCCGCCACACACGCAAAGGCAGGGGCUGACAGCGCCACUUUCCGCGGCAUGUGCGUAAAUCGUUAGUACUCGGCUUCGUCUCUUGUCAUUGUAUCUCCUUUUGGUUUCUUCUGUUCUCUUUACUGUUCUCUUAUCUGUUUUUCUUUAUUCCUUUUUUCACCCCAACCUCAUUCCUGUGAUUUGCCUCUCCGCGUGUCGUUGAGUGCAAGAAGUUCUUUGAAAACUGUGAGGCCACACGCAGCACGCCUGAGCGACGACAGUGACGUUGCCCACGUGCGCAUGUGCCAACGAAAGCAGAAAGGGUGCGGUGCAACACCUCAGCUCACAGAGAAACGGAGGUAAAGAAGAGAAAGAAAAAUCAGCAGCUGAUUAAGACAAGAAGAAUAAGAAUAAUAGGACAAUAAAUCGGUCAACGCAAGAAGAAACAAAGAGGAGCGUUCUGCUUUCAAACGAAGUCCUUUUCUCGCUACUUCUUUACUGGCGCGCUGCAUUAUUACUAUUAUUAUUAUCUUCUGGUGAGGUGGCUCUGAGAGUGUAACGCGAGCACUAAAUCUAUCAUUCGGUGCAGUCUUACCCUUCACGCACGUGGGAGCCACACACCUUCCGUAUCCUCAGCAGUGUUUACUGCUGUCGUGAGGAUGGCGCUUUCCACGCGAGCGUCUUUCCUCGUCCUUUCUUCGUGAACGGAAAGGGCAAGAAAACAAACAGGAAAAAAAGUUAGAGGCACCGCGCUGGAGCGUAUUUGUGUCUGUUUUUGCACGGACCGUGUAGCAAGAGAAGAAAGGGAAAAGGCGCGUUGUUGACUCGAAGCAUCCUUGGAAAGCACUAGCAAAAAAGGGAAAGAUGUUGUCCCCUUUCUGCCUUGGCUUUCUUAUCAAUUUAUUUCUGCCUUUGCGUGUGUGCAUCCCUGGAGACGAAUUUUUCUAUCUAUGCUGCCUUUUUUUUUUUUCAAGACCACAGAAGCCGCAAACUCGACGCGUGGAAGAUGACCGCGAUCUCCUCCUUUUAUUUGUUUGUUUCUUCCACUUGUUGGUGCAGACCGGUACUUGAAUCUUUUGAAUGGAGAGUUACGUGAAACUCAGCAACGAACGAAGGAGAAUAAUGUGUUGCCUCGCUGCCUUGCUGAUGUUUUCUUGUUUCUCUUACUCUUCCUUCGAAGCAUGCGGCUCUAAAAACAAAGCAUAGAUAACUCCUAACGGUGGAGAGUAAUAAUAACAAUCGUGGUGUCAGCGCCUCUUUUUCUUCUUUUUUUUUCUCUUCCUCUCUUUUCCGUAACCGUCUUGUCCGUUGUUGUUAUUAUGAUUAUUUGGGCGGCAAUUCCUCCAGCAUCGAACAGCGGUACAUACGCGUUCGCCCCUCCGCACGUGCGGUGGUGCGACAAUCUCCUUUUUUCCCCUUUUCGCUUCUACUACCUUUCUCCUUUUCUAUUUCGCAGAGGUGCUCGUCCUCGCUCUGCCCCUUCCUUCCUUCGUGCCCUGUCUCAACCUUGAGCGAGCUUACAGGAUGCACCUUUCAUUUUGUUGUGAUUAUUACGACUAUUAUAGCAGCUGGAGGUACACGGCUACCUCCGGCGUGUGCGCAAAGACAAACCCACCACGAGUGAGGAAAAGAAGGAGGCGAUGUUGAUGGAAGAAGGUCAGGAAAGGACUGUGCGUGCACUGCAUCGAAAGCGUCCUCCAUCUUCAAAAGGCGCUGAACUUGAAGAAACGAAGAAGAUGCGGUGCAUCGUCUUUUGACGGCUGCGGCGAGGCUUGGGGGCUCAUCUGGCUACCUUGCUGCGGCAGCGACUUCGAUGGUUGCAUCCCCACAUUCUUCUCUAUUUUCUUCUCUGUUUACUAUUUCUCGCUCUCUCUCUCUCUUUCGCGCUGUCGCUCAUUGCUUUCGAUUCUUGCUUCGCGCCGGUGCAACGGUUUGGAAGGCGCACACACAGCACGAACACACAACUGUUGUACUCUCUCGAAGUUGUAGCGGAACAUUACAAGAGCACGAGACGCGUGGCAAGGACACGAUAGAACAGACGAUCACAACAACCACAGACAAGCAAGCAAACAAAAAAAAAAACUCAUUUAUGUUUGGAAGCGGUAGCGGCGCUGCGCCGAGCCAUCCGGGGCAGCACGGCGGUGCGUCCGCUGCAGGGGCGAGCUCACAAACGGCCGCGGGCUCGGCGGGUCCGAGCUCGACGGCGACUCCCCACUUUCAGCACUAUUCGUUUAGCACGCCGUUUGGAAACACAGGCGUGUGCACCUUUGUUGCAGCCUUUGGCGCGGGCCCGCCAGAUUCGGCGGCGCCUCCAACAACUGGACCCAGUUUCGUCUCCCAUCCGUCUGGAGCCGCCUCGCAGGCUCCAGCGUCUUUCCACACAGCAGGGUGGUUUGGGGUAGAGCUGGGAGAGGAGGGCGUUCCCUUGCCGUCUUCGCCGGAGUGGCCGCUGCGCGACUGCCCGCCGCUGAACGCGGAGGAGGUCGUUUCCACCUUUGAUGUCGUGACACCGACGUCCUCUGCGGCACCGCGAGAGGAGGAAGGGUGUGCCAUCUGUUUGGAGAGCCUCUUCAAAGAUGUCGUCCACGGGAGCAAAGCGGCGCACCGGUCACGGCAGCCACACGGUGCAACGUCUGCGGUGACGCGUGGGCACGACAGCAGGAGCAGCAAGGAAAGCGAACCCAACGCCUCAGCGCUGUCGGGAGACUCUCUUGCCUCCCCCUCAGGCGAUCCGGCACGGUCACCCGCGGACGGCGACACGGGCGAGGUGGACGAAGCCGGCGGUGCGCCGACGUCGACGGAGGUGGUGCGGGAGGUGUACUGCGGUCACCGCUUUCACGAGGUGUGCAUUCGCAAUUGGAUCAGCAUCGGCCACUACAAAUGCCCGCUGUGCCGUGCACCCUUCGUGUACGAGUAG